GUUGGAGCGACGUUUGAAAAUUUACAGUGUCCCGUUCAGCCCUAGGUGCUCACAGUCCCGCCGCACCGACAGCGCUGGUUCGGAACACAAGGAAGGGGACUAGGGGGCCCGAGGAUGUCACGUUACAGGAGGAAAAGUGAGGUCUUGGCUUCCUCGAUCAUCUCCAGCACAAACCAAGCCCUAGCAACUCUUAUGGACAUAUGGGAUGGAUUAGGUAUCAAAGAAGAGAUGCGUUUGCAGAGGAUUGAAGAAGUGCGAAAGCACAUGGAGGAAUUGUUCAACAAUAUGAUAAAUGAAGAACGGGAAAUGAAAGAUAGAAUUGAAAAAAGUAUUCAGUUCUGCCAAAAGCAGUUGAAAGCUCUGAGCCAUGAGUUAUCUCUUGAGGACUAUAAGGUGGAUGAAAAUUUGACUAUCCUUCAGAUUGAGAAGGACUUGAGAGUGAGAUUAGACAUUCUCACAAAACAGAAGAAUGAACGACUGGAAGAACUAAGGAUACUACAGCAAAAAGACCAAGAGCUUUGUUCUGAUCUCUGUGUUACUCCAUAUUAUAUUCCAACUGGAAGCAUCCCCAGUCUUGUGCAGAUAGAAGAACUCAAGGAGCACAUCAAAGUGCAAGCAGAAGAAAAGAGAAAGCGUCUUCAGGUCUUUUCCACGCUGAGAGCUGAAAUCCGCCAGUGUUUAGGUGAAAUGGGGCGGCAGGCUGAAAAUUCUCUAGAGCAAGAGGCCAUUUGUGAGGAUGAAGACGUAUUUUUCCUUACACCGGAAAAUAUCAAAGCGCUUACGGUUCUAAAAGCACAGCUUGAACUGAGAAAGGAAGCCCUUGUGUCCACAUUAAAUGCAGUUAAAGAAAAAGUUCUUUCUUUGUGGAAACUGCUGCAAGUUGUGCAGGAGGAGAGGGAAGAAUGUCAAAUUAUUUCUGGGAUGUCCAUUUCUGAAGAACUAAGAAUGUGGCAAAAAGAGCUAGGACGACUAGAAGAGCUAAAGAUGGUGAAUCUUAAGCAAGUGGUCCUGAAAAUAAGAGAAGAACUAAAGGCCUACUGGGAUAUGUGUUUCUAUACCCUUGAGCAAAGAAAAGGAUUUGCCCCAUACUAUUGUGAUGACUAUUCAGAAGAUCUUUUAAGCAAGCAUGAUGAAGAGAUUAUCAAAAUGAAAAUGCUCUAUGAAAAAUGCAAGUUCAUUCUGGAAGCGGUGGCAAAGUGGGAAACCAGCUGGACCCAGUUUGUAAUAUUAGAGAUAAAGGCAUGUGACCCCAACAGAUUCUCCAACCGUGGAGGAACAUUGCUUAAGGAGGAGAAAGAACGUGCAAAGCUUCAAAAGUUGUUAUCAAAGCUAGAGGAAGAGCUGAAGUCCCGGAUAGACUUGUGGGAGACUGAGCAAGGUCGUCCAUUUUUAAUUAAAGGCAGUCGAUUUAUGGAUUAUGUUACCAGUCAGUGGGAGCUGCUGAAGCAGCAGAAGGAGCGUGAGAAGCAAGACCGGAAAAAAGAAGAGACCACACAGUUUAAAACGCCAAUCAAACGGCCGGCCGGACAGUGUUCACAGGUUACUCCAAGUAGCAAAAAUAGAAAGCUGAAUGGAACAACCAAUUCAAUUUUUUCUCGCACACACAUCUCACAUUCUGCAAGCCAGAUGACAGGAAAAGUACCGCUUGCUACAGUUAAGACCCCUUUGAAAACUAGAGAUACCCCUGUGAGAACUCCAUUGCAGGACAAUAACAAACAGACAGUGGCAUUCUCCAGCCAGCCUGGCAGCUAUUCAGAGUUCAAGGAGGAAAUAUCCAAGAAAUCCAGUAAGGACGCGAAAUUUAAUUCCACAGUCAAUGAGAACCUCUAAAAAUCAUCAUUGAGACCUUCCCUGAACUGAACUCUGUAGUCGUGCUGUCAGUGGUUGCUUUUUCCAAUGAUUUUAUUAAACUCAUUGUAGAUAAUAACAUUGCCACCAACUAGAACCCAAGGGCAUUUCUUACCAAAGUACAACAUGGCUACCUUUCUAGUGUACGGCAGCUGGUGCGCUUUAAAGACUUCCUCCUCUCUGGCAAGUAAUUCUUUAUGCAGCCCCCAUUGUAAAUACGCUCACAUUUUUUCAUGUUUAAUGCCUUUUUAUAUGCUAUUAUGCUAAUAUGUAUAAGGCUGGAGGGGAACUCAUUGUAUAUAUUGGUGUCAUUGCCCGAUGCAUUAUGCGUUUUUCGUGUUUUUGUAAAUAAAGUGACUAACUCCUUG